UUUUCCUUCUCCCUUGAGGUCAGCCCUGAGCCCCAAGAGGAGCAAAACCCGGAGCGGCGAAAAGCAAAGGCCAGUCAGUCGUCUCUCCCUAACCGCGACUCUCGUACGCUCUCACACUCUUCUCAACCUUCUUGGAUUCUUCCCCGGCUCCGUUCAACCACGACCAAUUGUCGCCUUCUUACGCUCUUUUGAUAUCCUCGUCUGGUGCGCCCUCUACUUUUCGCUCUUGCUCUUCUCGACUUCUUUACCUGUCCCCACAGUCGGGGCGCCUAUCGCACUGCGCUUCCAUCGCUGUGUUCGUGGAACCUGAGACGCAGCAACCGCAGAAAUCCCCUCCUUGCGCGAGAUACUUUUCUUCUCCUCCAUUUGCUGUUGUCUUGCCUGGGCCUUGACCAGAACACCGGAAUUGCGUGUGCGUCUCUCGCCCAGCAAGCAACCAGGCGCUGCCCUUCUGUCUUGCUUUCGAACCACUCGAAUCGGCGCCGCACGAGCAAUCCCAACCCAUUCUCGUCGCCAUCCUUACUCAGAGCCUCGUUUCCCACCCCUUGGACCACCUCAAACAACUUGGUACUUGCGCAAGAAUCGGCCACCAGCUCCUCCCUCCACGAUUUCGGCCGAAACAACCUGAGCACCACCUAUCUACUGGUCCUUCUCCUCGUAUCGUCACUGUUCGCGUCGUUGCAGUUCGGCUCCCUUUUACCUCUAAACUCAUCUUUCUGAAUAAGAGGCGUCUUGCCGUGCACACAUUGAAUGUCGUUUCGGGCUCCCAGCUCUUUCGGUAAAAUGGAUCGGUACAGCCCUGAGCCACGAUUUAGCAUCUCGAGAAUCAUUGGAGACCCCUUUGCACUGGCUACCAUUAGUAUCGCUAUUCUUGCAUGGCUGAUCGCAUUCAUUUCAUCCGUUAUUAGCGACGUUAAGGAGACAUAUCCCAACUUCGCGUGGUGGGCGCUCGUCUACACUUUCUUCUGCAUCAUCGGUGUCCUCGUCACCGUCGCUUCCGACGCAGAGCAGACGUACAAUGUUGCCAUCGUAGGCUUUCUCGCGGCAGGCCUGGUCUUUACCACCUCUUCCGUCAACUCGCUGGUCUACUCUUCCAGCGGUGCUAAAGAAGCCGCUGCUGCCGGCUUUAUUUUGCUUUCCAUGGUAGCUAUCGUCUGGAUAUUCUACUACGGCUCCAAACCCAGCGCGGCGCACCGCACCUAUGUCGACUCCUUCGCCUUGCACAAAGAGAAGCCUUCAUCUCGCGCCUCACGAGGCGUUUCAAAUGCUUACAUGGGCGGUGGAAUCAGUGGUGGCCUAGGGAAUCGGCCCGACACAUCGUCCCAGGCGCCGCAGAUGUACACUUCUGCGCAAUUGAAUGGUUUCGAGACGUCCAGCCCGGUCACCGGUUUCCAGGGCGGCCCUGUUGGUGGCAUGUCGCGCAACUCGGCGUCCGUGGGCCCCGCGACAACCGGCGCACCUACUGAGGCAGGCACUAUCGAGUAUCCGUACAAAGCUAAGGCGAUUUACAGUUACGAGGCCAAUCCGGACGACGCCAAUGAGAUCAGCUUUACCAAGGGCGAGAAGUUGGAAAUCAGCGACGUCAGUGGGAGAUGGUGGCAGGCACGCCGCGAGGCAACGGGCGAGACGGGCAUCGCGCCUAGCAAUUACCUUAUUCUGCUAUGAAAUGCCCGGAUCCUGCUCUCUCCGGAUCUGUGCGACGACACGAAGUUUUCUCGCCUAAUCCCUUCUCUUUCCAUGGUAGCCGACGGUUGCAGCACUGCAUGUCUGAAGAGCCGCAAUCUUGACGCAUAUAACUGGCCUGUGAGCCUGAGUGUACGAGAGUUGUUCAAUGACAUGGAGUUCCUUCAUGAAGCGGGUGUGUUUCAUGACGCUUAUUCAAAUCCAUUCGACUUGGUUUUCUGGGACGGAAUACCCACGCACGUUCUUGUUUAUUUUGCGGACACAGAAACUACCACGAAAGGCUGGCAGCUAGCUCGCAUGUCGUAUAGAAUGCAACGCAAGGUGGCGAUUUGUGGAGACCUCAUUCCUGGAUGUGUUCUUGUAGUGACUACCCGCCUUCCAUAGUUACAGAUCGACGAAUAUAUCAUUACUCUCAGAUAUUGAGAUUGUGAGGAACGUUGACAUCACAUACAACAGUGAUUGAUAAGAGUUUUAUUUAGAAAAGAAGAUCCUAUGUGUGCUCAUGUGCUUUU